GAAAAGAGAAGAGAGAGCCCGGCCGGCUCCGACGCCGGCGCUGGCAACCCCUGCCAUGUCUUGAAGAUCCAAAUUUCCGCGAGGUGCACUAGAGCCGAGAGCGUCCAUGGCAUAUCACUACCACUGUCCCAUAACACCUCUCUCUCUCUCCUUCAUGCGGUGGUGAAAUGGCGAGACGGCAACUGAUCCGGGCAAGACGGCGGAUGAGGAUGCGUGCCCCUUUUGUGACUUCUGUGUACGACAGUGUGAGAGCGUACGAGGUGAGUUGUCUCGAGCACGGGGGGCAAUUCGCCACGCGCGCUUGGCGUUUGAGGAAAUGCCCGCGCUAUAGAUCUGAUGAAGACUAAAGUUUCCCCAAGCUAAGUACCUAACUGACCUCGUAAUCUCUUUCAGACUUGCAAAGCCUAAAUUUUGCGGUUAGUAUGUCAGUAACUCCAACGGCCAUAGCAGAAUUACUUUUUUUUUUAAUUUAUAGCAGAAUUACCUUGAAGUUCUACUCUUUGAUUUUACGCCUAAAGACAGAACCGAGAGAGGGGGCUGGCUUUUCUUUCGUUACAGGCUAUUGCUGAUUCUAUCCUCUCCUUUGUCUAGAGUGUGCAAAAUUAUCCUGGAAGAACUCUAUGAGUGGCGUUCAGCUGGGAGCCUGGGACUGGGAGUACAUUAGUGCUCUGUAUGUUUGUAUAUACACCCAGCAGCUUUGGAUAAUCAGAUAUGCACAAGAAUCUGAGAGAGGUGAUAUUCUUCAGCCAUUCUGGCAAAGUUUCCAAAUUUCUGCAUGCUGUUAUUGUCAAGGUUCGGAGGAAUGACAAAUGCUGCAUACCAUGGGGUAAAGAGAUCAGUUCAGUGCACCUUGAAAUAUGAAGUUCCUCAAUAUGAAGUUCUCGCAGCCCUUCACAUUCUGAACACUCUGAUAACCCGUCAUAUAGGGAAACCGACAGAUAUUUCAGUGAAUUUUGGGCAUUGGGUGAUAGUAAUUUCUUGAAGGUUUGGGAAAAGUGCUUCUCUCUCUGAUGGAAGCCAUACUUCUAGGUUGUGCAUGUGAAUGAAUGAGAGUUUCUCAAGUGAGGUGAAUGUGCCAUCAUCCCCAUAGAAUUCGUCACCUACACACGUGACAGCAUCUAUUCCACAUAAUUCAACAAUCUUGAGAAGAGGUAAUUGCCCCAAUGGAGGUAGGCAUUCACAUGCCAAAUUAACUAGCUUGAUCUCAGUAAGUGAUUUUAAGUACGGUCGCAUGUUUGUUAUCCAUGAUGGAAGCUUCUUUGCUGGAUAUGAGAAAAUGCAUAGCACUUUCAAACCACAGUUUGGCUUGAGAAGUUCAAGUAUUUGCUGUGCUUUUGAACUAGUCGUAUGAUCUCCACAGCUUCUGGUCCAACUUAAUGUCAAUGACUCGAGCUUGUGUUUAUUAUGCAGGAUUACAUUCCUUGCAUCACCAUAAGAAGCAUUUUCCAUGUUGCAUAUACCGAGUUCCUUCAAACCAGCUAAGGGGCACAACUCUGAGAUGGUCAUUUUGAGGUUAUCGUAACUUGCAGGGAACUUCCCCUCAUGCAAAUUCAGUAUGACCGGCUAGCUUGUUCUUUAGGAACAGAUGGCACUGCAUGCUCAGCUUCUAUAUGGUUUGGAGAACAAUAAACCUGAACGGUCUGGAGCGCUGAAAAAUAACAGAGAAAGGUUUUCAGGUGGACUCUUAUUUCUCUGUCAUAUUGGCUUGAUCCAUAUUUAGAUAUUCGGUGUUUGUGUCGUUGUUCAGUAUGCUUGUCCAUAGAAACAUAGAGAAAGAUGUCUUUGAGCCACUUGUGGGGCGUAUUUCUGAAAUUGGGCAACGCUUUUUUGGGACAAUCGGUUCAUCGGAAACUGGUGAAAAGGAUUCUACAGUUCAUGGAUUUUCAGAGAAGAUCAAAUGGGAAGUUCAACACCUUGAAGAAUUGUUUGAGGGCAUCAAGGAAGACAAGGAGGAGGUCUAUGAGGAUUUUAAGUCUGUUAGCCUGGCAAUCUCCGAGUGGCAAAGAAGAUUGAAAACAGCAUACCUAAAUGCAUCUAGAGCUCCUCCUCCUUUUGAGGGAAUGAAAUGGGCAGUGGAGCAUCAUGAGAUGUGGGUUGAAGAUAAUAGAAUAGGAGCCAAUGAUGAGGUAUUGGAUUUUGAUGAACAUGAGCUUUUUGAAUCACUUAGAUUUCUUAAGACUGCACGAGGUGGUUCAGAAGCUCAUCUACUGGAAAGUAUCAAGAGUGGGAUGCAAUGCAUAAAGAAUGUGUUAAUCACCAUUCGAUCAAGAAAGGAAGCAGACAACAGCAGCUGGUGCGUUGUGGAACAUGUCUUCUCCCCGCUACUGAAACUUUUGAAAACGAUCGAUCGUCUAGUAUCAGAAGCUAUUGCCCGCAACAACAAGUCUGGGAACUAUAAGAUCCUUGUCAAGAUUGACGAUGAAGUCAACUGCUUACAAGGUGCACUAGAUUUGAUUGAUAGAAAUAUGGAUGAGGUUGAUGAGAACUUCAGAUUAAUAGAAGAUCUCAUAUUACCAUUAUUGACAUGUCUUAAGGCCAUAUACAACGAUCAAUCAGAAUCUUUGAGCUUCCUAGAUGCAGUCAAACAUGGAGUGAACAACUUGGAAGGUGUACUUGACAAGAUUGAGCAGAAGCAGCAGGAUGGAAAUGAUAAUUUCCACAUUGUCACAGCGGCCUUCUCACCAUUGUUGACAUGCCUGCGCACCUUCAGGCGCAUCUCGUUGGAAGCCUUAGCUCAUGAAGAUAAAUCAGAUGCUUUAAUUCUGUUGGAAAGGAUCAGAGAUGAAUUGUCACAGCUAAAAGACGUACUUCAGAUGGUUCAAGAGAAAGAGAAUGGGAUAUACAGCAAUUUUGAUGCAAUUGAAGAACAUAUUGAUGAUAUUUAUGAUGGACAUAUGAAUGUUGAAGGUUCCUUAAAACUUAACCACAUGGGUGGUCUGCGAGACAAGCUCCAGUUGAUUCAUGAAGAGAUCACAAAUACAAGGGGAAAUGUGAAUGACUCUUUCAAGGUCCAGGUCGCACCCCGUGUCAUGGCUGCAUCACAUGAAGCUUCAUCUUCGCAUCAGUCGUCAGCAUCAGACACCUGCAUUACCAUGGAAAGCAAGCAUAUGUUGCAGCUCAAAGUUAUGAUUGAUGGACUAGAGACAAGACUGAGACAAUGCCUUUUAUGCCUUGCUGUGUUCCCAGAGGAUGCCAUCAUCAAGAAGAGACUGCUAAUUCACUGGUGGAUUGGAGAAAGUUUUGUAUCUUCAGUUUCUGAAGGCAAGAAUUUCUUUGAUGAAUUGCUGCUCUCCAAUGGGUUCAUUAAGCCAGUAAAGAAACGCCACUGUGACAAAGUCCACCGAUGCAAGGUGCAACCUUGGAUCCGUGGGCUAUUGAUUGAAGCUGCAAAGAGCAAAGCAUUUGUUGAGCUCAGUUCUGAUGGAAGCUCCAAGAAUGACUUUACCAGGACCCGGCGUGCAUGCUUGCAUGCUGGAAAGAUCCUAACCAACUUCCAUCCUAAUGUUUUGACGAUUUACAAUAUCAAGCAACAGUAUGUAGAGUUAGACAAGGCAUGGUUUUCCGAGAAGAACUGUUUGAGCACUUUGCAGUUAGGACAAUGGCAGGAUGCAAAUUAUGACCCUCGGGCUCAUCACAUUGAGAUCAACAGUGCUAAGUUCCUAAAGCAGCUCAACUCCUGCAAGCAGUUGAAGUACCUGAGUUUGAGAGGCAUAUCAAGAAUUGAGGCUCUUCCAAACUCAAUCGGAAAGCUCUCAAAACUUGUCAUCCUUGAUCUCAAAGCGUGCCAUAAUCUAGAGGAUCUACCUAAGGAAAUGAUAAAACUAGUGAAUCUGGAGUACCUGGACGUUUCUGAUUGCUACUUGCUCUCAGGCAUGCCUAAAGGACUAGGUAAGCUUGCUCAACUUGAAGUUCUGAAGGGAUUUGUCCUAUCAAACACCAAAAGCAAAGAUCCGUGCCAUCUCAACGAACUUGUCAUGCUGAAAAAGUUACGAAAGCUGAGCAUUAGAAUUGGUUAUAGCGUAGAUAGCGGUCAGUUUGCGAACUUUGUUGAGUUCUGUGCUCUCCAGUCACUUACACUUACCUGGGGGGCACCCUCAAUACCUAUACAUGGGAGCUCUCCAAGUCAUGCUGCUGCUCACGCGAUGCCUUGUGUUCUCCCCUUAGGUCUUGAGAAGCUGGAGCUCUGUUGUCAUCCCCUUGUAGAAUUUCCUCGUUGGGUUAGUCCUCAAAAGUUGACAAAAUUGAAGAGGCUCUACAUCAGGGGGGGUAAUAUCAGUGGCCUGGGCGAUUUGAAGUGCUGGGAGGUGACCGUACUUCGGCUAAGGUUCCUCAAACAUAUAAACUAUUCAUGGACUGCCCUGCAUGACUCAUUCAGGAAACUCGAUGUUUUGGAGGUAUAUGAGUGUGAAAAUCUACAGCACUGGCCUUGUGAAAAAGGAUUAUGGAAGAAAGAACCGAAUGGAACGAUUGCAUCUGUGUUGACCUGAAAUAUGGAUCUGGUCCAGUUGGGUAUCGAAUUGCUGGCUGAAAAUACGAAGAUUGAAGGAUAUAUUUCAUCAGAAGUAUAUCUGAAGACCUCGGCGAUCAUUGUCUGGUAAGAUGGAAAUUGUCCUGCAGCAUAUAUAAAGAUAUAAACUUGUAAUCAUGCUACAUAUCUAAGCACAAAUCCUACUUAUUGGGCAACAUGCUAGUUUUUUGCCCGGAGUUUAAUACAGCUUGAUGUUGUUUCUUCUUUUGCGAGAAAUCCCAGCAGCCCUUACUCUAAUAACAGACACGAGAACUACCCAUUAUAUUAAUAAAUCAUGGUAAAGAAAAGGUGUUCCUGUAAUGCAAUCAUGCGUGGGAGUGUAUCAGGCACACUGACAAAUCCUCUUUUCUUUCUUGUAACUGGCUAUAUAAAUCUCACUCGUAUAAUGUACUUUCUCUAUUCUCAAUUUAAGACUUUCCCACUUUACCA